AUGCGAGGCAGGAUCAUGGCGGGCUGGACACGGCUCCAGAUUAAAUGCGCUGGGGCUCCCGUGCCUGGUGCCUGGUUCUCGGACGGUCUUGCUCCUCCAUAAUUGCAGAAUAGUGGAGAUUAGAGGUUUGAGCAGAGGUUGCCGAAGCAAAUAUUCUUAAGAGUUAGUAUCGGUAUUGCUAUUGUAAUUUCUAAUCGCACAGCAUGUUCCGCGUUUUGGGAGCAGCAGCAGCUCUGCUGAGCGCUGUAUAUGCGCACAACACUUCGCUGCCAAUUGUCGACCUGGGUUAUGAAAUCUACCGGGCUUCUGGGUUCAAUGAAACGGGGCGAUUCUACAACUUUUCCAAUAUUCGCUAUGCACAGGCUCCUGUUGGCGACUUGAGAUUCGCACCACCCGUAGCACCCAUCGAAAAUAGGACGGUGAUUCGGAACGGCGACGUCGGAAGAAUAUGCCCGCAAGCUAGUCCCGCAUGGUCUCCUCUAUCCGCUACAUUCCUAACGAAUAUUAUCCUAGGCGAGGAAGACAACGUCACAACGCCGUACGUACCUCCUGGAGCCAGUGCGAAUAUGACAGCCCCAGAACCGGGCCCUUUGGAAUCCGAAGACUGCCUUUUCCUCGAUGUAUUCGUACCAGAGCAAAUCCUACAACAAGCCGGCUCCGGCUAUGGUGCUCCAGUGCUCGUUUGGAUAUACGGCGGAGGGUACGUUGGCGGAAACAAAUACCGGAACCCGGCUGGUCUGCUCGCGGCAUCGGGGAAUGUUUCGAGCGGAGAAGUCAUUUAUGUGGCUAUGAACUAUAGGCUUGGUGCUCUGGGAUGGUUGGCUGGUUCUUCUUAUCAGGCCGAAGGCGGUGUCAGCAAUCUCGGACUUUACGAUCAACGCUUUGCGCUCGAGUGGGUCCAGAGUUACAUUCGUCAAUUCGGCGGUGAUCCGGAUCGCGUCACCGUCAUUGGAGAGAGUGCAGGCGGCGGAAGCAUUAUGCAUCAAAUCACGGCCUAUGGUGGUUUGAAGGGUCCUGUCCCGUUCCAACAAGCCGUCCCACAAUCUCCUGGAUGGGACCCGCUUCAGUCUCAGCUCCAGCAAGAGGAGACAUACCGACGCUUUCUGAAUCUCACAAACAGCUCGUCACUUGCUGAUCUCCGGGCACUCUCUUCUGCAGACGUCAUCCGCGCAAACUAUCUGCAGGUUGCAUACGACCCGGGCUGGGGAGGAUACGUUUACGGUCCUGUGGUUGACGGCCUCUUCGCCCCUCUUCAACCCGGCCAGCUCCUCGCACAAGGUCGCUUCGAUAAGGAUGUUCGGGUGAUGGUAGGCCACAAUGUAAACGAGGGCACCUAUUUUACGGCUCCUUACAUCAACUCCACCGAAAGCCUCAUCGAGGCUUUGCAAGGCACGUUCCCGUAUGCCCCGGGCCCAUCGAUCGAUUACAUUACGCAAGUCCUCUACCCUCCGGUAUAUGACGGAUCCUACGGUUACACCGACGACUUUACGCGCGCAAGUCUCAUCGUCAGUGAAGCAAUCUUCACUUGCAACACGAACUACCUCUCCACCGGCUUCAACAACAAGACCUAUUCCUAUCUCUUCGCUGUACCGCCCGGAUUCCAUGGCUUUGACGUUGCCUUUACCUACUAUACCGGCGGAGCUAUCUCAAACCUUCCGACUCAGGUGACAAACCAGACGAUCGCGAUCGCGCUGCAAGAGUUCAUCACGAGCUUUGCGAUAGAGGGCCGGCCAGAGGCGGAGGGUAUACGGCAGUUCAAUAUGUACGGGCCAGAUGCGAAGGUGCUGGAAUUGAAUAUUACGGGGAUCGAUGAGGUGCGGGAUAGUAAUGCGGGUCCAAGGUGUAGCUGGUGGCAGAAAGCGCUGUACUCGUAGGUGGUUCUCCGAGGCACGAGCUGUGCGUGAACGAGACCUGUCCAAACGGCAGCAGGAUAAUGAAGAUUGAUGACCUUUCAACGCUGUACACACAUAUUCAC